AUGGCGCGUUCACGGUCGCGCUCAGCAUUGGCAGCCCAGGGUGCUCUGGUCACUGGGAGCACAGGAGAAAAUGCGCCAAUGAAGCACGUCAUUCCAAAUUCACCACGGAGACGAGUGACGAGAAGUCGAAGUCGUGAGCUUGAGUCUACGGGUCGAUUUGAUGAUGUUGGUCCUGCGGGCGCGCCUGUGGGUGGUGCCCAGAGGUGGGGGCAAAACAAAGGCAGAACCAGCCUCGGUGUCGUGGUGGAAGAGCCACCUUUCCAGUCGCCUCACAAAUCUGUUCAUCGCUAUGCCGACCAAGUGAUUUCGGAGUCGCUAGAUGAUACAGUGAACAUCUCCGGUACUACCUUCCUGCCUGAGGAGCCGGACACCAAUCCGGAUCCAGAUAUGAUGAUGGAGACACUGCCAGACCUUGAGCGAGCAGCCAAGAAUGUCUUAGACUAUCUCGUCCCCGGCUCAGCGGAUCCCGUCAGCAUCAUCAAUACAGCUAAGAGGCUCACGGAUCCGAAUAGCACUCAGAGCAAACGACUCCGACACUCCGUGUCCAACCUGGCAGUUCAAGCCAAGUGGUUCGGUCCUCAAACGUACAUUGACGUCAAGCAUGUCAGUCAGCUACUCACAUCGGCUCUGGAAAAGAAGAACAUCCGAGUAGGAAGGGAUUGGAGCGCAGAUCCCAUUCUUCACCAGGCUAAUUGCGCGCGUUUUGCACUUGAGGUGCUUCUGGCAAAUGCUGGCACGGACUCUGCAAGACAAGCAAUCAAAAACUUGGAAAACUUGUUUCCGCUGCCAUUCAUGAACGAUCUCUCUGAGAACAGGCAUGAGAGAGCUGCUGGCGAGAGCUCUCUUCACAAAGACACUUUCGAUCUCGCUCUGGAAAUCCGCACACAAUCCUUGAUACUGAAACUGGAGGAGGAUCAAUAUAGGCUUGAUUUUCUUCCCGUGCCUUCUAUAAGGCAACACUUUUUUGAUGUUGAUGCUUUUGAUGAAGAUGAUUUCGACAGCAGCGAAGCUCCACUGCUUGGUCUCAACCUCGGUAGAUUCCGUGGCUCAGACGGACAUUUCCCGGAGCAGUUCAGAGAUGCAGUUUGUGACCGGUAUAACGAGAUUCUUGUUCUGAUAUCAGAAACCGGAGAUGACUCUUUUGAUAUUAAAGAGUUAAAAAGCGCUUACCGCUGGCAAAGAUUCGUCUUGCGAGCUGUUCAAUGGUUACGAAAGCGCAUUCAGGAAAUCGCCCAAGGGCUGCAAGGGCAGCAAAGCACACAGACAGUACACACGGAGUUUUUUGCUGACCAAGAACCUGUUGACCGCAUCCAUAGUGCAACUACCACUCCCCGUCCUAGUGUCACUCCCGCACUUGAAAAAAGAGCGCCAGUGACAGCUGCUCCUGAUGAUGGACAGCAAGGAUUAGCUCCACCUCGGGCUGAAGAGCGGGUGUGGGGCGCUCCUCAAGAAGACCGACGAGCCUCAGUGUCAACUGCUGAAAGUAGGGAGCGACGAAAGUCUUCAAAAUCGGUCUACCUCAAUCCCGUGUCGAUUCAGCGCCUUAUGCAAAGGCAGCAGCGCCGUCGCCUUUCGCGCGAGGCUUCAGAAGCCCGUCGGCAGUCAGACUUUGUUGCCCCAGUCAUGCACGGCGAGAGCGCGUCGCCCGCCUCGCGUCUCCGUCAUCAGACUCUCCCCGCACCAUCGCAACCAAUCCGGAGGGCACAUGAAGAGCCAGACGAGAUAGCUGCGUCUUCGGAAGGUUCUCCAACUCUGCUACCUGAGGACCAUUAUCUCAGUGUCGAUGAUUCUCAGCUGAACAUCGGCGAUCAUGUCGGUGCUGAACUGGAAAGAUCGCAUAGCCCUCCAGUUGUCAACAGGAUAGCCCGCGAGCAUCAUCGGGAGCCUUCCUCUGGCCAUCGACCUCGUACUCCGAGCAGACCGUCCUUUGUCCCAUCAACUCAGGACAUAUUGCGAGCAGUGGAAGAAACCCAGACUCCUAGACAGCCAGUCCAACGAGCACGACUAGACAGACGCCAGGCUUUCAUUGACCGUCAGGAUAAUGCGGAACGCGUUUCUCCCAUUAGUCAGGAGGCAGACCUCCUAAGCGCAGCCAGGAGACGUGAACCCCCGCCCGCCUCGAGAAAGCGAGCACGUCAAGAAUCCGAUGACGAAGACGUGAGCAGUGACGACUUUUCGAGCUACGGUCCUGCUCUUGACAUCAGUCGCAAGCGUAAAGAAAAGGCAGAGCUGCAACGGAGCAAGCGCCAGAGGUUGGAGGAGGACCAUGACGAGUCUGCCUCACAGUUACAGCAGGGCCUGGAAGCGAGCACCCAAAACGAGGAAGCGCAGGGCCAAUGGGCAGUCGCCCACCGGGUUGAAACAUCACCCCAGACUCAACGGUCACCGUCAAGACAAUGGGCCAAGACGAGCGAUUUUGGUUCGAAUAGAACAUUUACACCGUCUCAGUCCAAAGGCAGACAGCGCUGGACGCCAGCCGAAGAUGCCCGGCUGAUCCGGUUGGUUGGGGAGCACGGUUGUAAAUGGGCAACGAUCAUGCGCCAGAACGACGCACAGGCAGCGGAAGACGGCGAGGUUCAGAUUGAAGGACGUGAUCAAAUACAGCUGAAGGAUCGGGCCCGGAACCUCAAAAUCGCUUUUCUUAGGGAUGGACUUCGGCUUCCCAAGAACUUUGAAGCAGUAACUAUGAAGGCUAGCGAUUAUGCCAUGCUGGAGAAGAGAGGCGUCAAGGUACCGAAGCUUUAG